AUGCCAGGGACUCUAUUGCCCCCGAGAUCAGACCGGCAACACGCCCAGAUGGAUCGAUCAUCUGCGUCCGGACCAGAUCUGUACCUGAUCACCGAUCAGGAUAGUGUUUACGAGCAGGACCUCUUGCGCGUUGGUCACACUGUCAAACCAUGGCUUGACUACAUCGAAUUCAAAAAGCAAAAUGGCACACUCUAUGAGCAAGCAUUCGUUAUGGAGCGCGCUGUUCGACAAUUGCCGCGGUCGUAUAAGUUAUGGAAGAUCUAUCUCGAUUUCCGAAUGAAGCACCUGAAAGGCCGCAACCCGGUCGUCUAUCGCUCUGAGUACCAGAAGGUUAAUGCGCUUUUUGAACGGGCUCUAGUUCUCUUGAACAAGAUGCCUCGCAUCUGGGAGAUGUACCUCCACUUUCUACUCCAGCAGCCUAUUGUCACCCUGACUCGACGAACAUUUGAUCUCGGUCUUCGCGCUUUGCCUCUUACUCAACAUAACAGAAUUUGGAAAGUCUACAAGAAAUUUGCGCGAUCUGCAUCUGGACAAACUGCUGUGAAUAUUUGGGGUCGCUACAUGCAAAUCCACCCGGAGAAUUCAGAGGAAUACAUUGAUCUCUUAGUUGAGAUGGGUCAAUAUACCGAAGCUGUCAAGGUUUACAUGGGAAUUCUUGACAAUCCUCGAUUCCAGUCCAAGGAAGGACAUAGCAAUUUCCAGCUGUGGACCGGCAUGGUUGACAUACUGGUUUCAAAAGCUAAGCAAAUCCAAACAGGUCCACAGGUCGGGAUCGAUGUCGAUGCUAUUCUUCGAAGUGGUAUUGAUCGCUUUGCUGAUCAGCGAGGCAAGCUAUGGGCGGGCCUGGCAACUUACUGGAUCACAAAGGGUAACUUUGAAAAGGCCAGAGAUGUAUUUGAGGAGGGAAUCAUCACAGUCAUGACAGUUCGUGAUUUCACGUUGAUCUUUGAUGCUUACGUUGAAUUCGAAGAAUCGAUCAUUGGCAGUUUGAUGGAAGCUGCUGCUACUCGCUCGGAGAAAGGAAAAAUCGACGAAGAGUCAGAUUUCAACCUUGACCUGCGUUUGCUACGUUUUGAACAGCUGAUGGACCGACGCCCGUUCCUGCUCAGUGAUGUUCUUUUGCGACAAAACCCCCACAACGUCAUUGAAUGGGAGAAACGAGUGGGACUUUGGGGUGACAACCAACAGGAAGCUGUUAACACUUACACCAAUGCCAUCGCUGCCAUUAACCCCAAGAAGACUCACGGCAAGUUUUCCGAUUUGUGGGUCAACUACGCCAAACUCUACGAGAACGGCGGCGAUCUGGGAACCGCACGAGUCAUCUUUGAAAAGGCUGUGAAGGUCCCAUUCAAGACUAUUACGGAACUCGCGGAAACUUGGUGUGAAUGGGCGGAGAUGGAAUUGCGCGCGGAGAACUUCGACCAGGCUGUCGCAAUUAUGACCAAGGCGACUGCAGCUCCUAAGAAGUCAACUGUCGACUACUUUGACGAGACUUUGACCCCACAGCAGCGAAUCCAUAAGAGCUGGAAACUUUGGAGUUUCUAUGUCGAUCUAGUGGAAAGUGUAUCGUCAUUGGAGGAGACACGCAAGGUUUACGAACGAAUCUUCGAGCUGCGAAUCGCAACUCCUCAAACUAUUGUCAACUUUGCCAAUCUUCUGGAGGAGAACAAUUACUACGAAGACUCCUUCAAGAUUUACGAGCGUGGUCUUGAUUUGUUCAGCUAUCCGGUUGCCUUUGAACUUUGGAAUCUUUACUUGACCAAGGCCGUGGAUCGCAAGAUUGGAAUCGAGAGAUUGCGAGACCUCUUCGAACAAGCCCUGGACGGCUGCCCACCAAAGUUCGCCAAACCACUUUACCUUAUGUACGGCAACUUGGAGGAAGAGCGCGGUCUUGCUCGACACGCAAUGCGGAUUUACGAGCGUGCAACUCGGGCUGUAUCCGACGAGGACAGGUUUGAGAUGUUCGAAUUCUACAUCACCAAGUCUGCCUCGAACUUCGGUCUUACUUCAGCACGACCCAUCUACGAGCGAGCCAUCGCCGCUUUGCCAGACCAGGAAGCGAAGGAGAUGUGUCUCAAAUUCGCCGAAAUGGAGCGGAGGCUCGGCGAAAUCGACCGCGCCCGUGCGAUCUAUGGCCAUGCCUCGCAGUUCUGCGAUCCACGCACAAAUGCUCCCUUCUGGCAGAAAUACGAAGCAUUCGAGGUCCAGCACGGAAACGAAGACACCUUCAAAGAGAUGCUUCGCAUCAAGAGAAGUGUUCAAGCUCAAUACAACACCGACGUCCACUUCAUUGCUACCCAAGCAAUCGCCCGCAGCCAGCAACGCGGUCAAGAAGACGGACAGAACCCAGAGGGCGAGGAAGAUGCACAGCGUAAUGAUGCUAUGGCUGCUCUCGAGCGCCAGGCUCGUGCCCCCGUGGGAUUUGUUGCUGCUUCCACCGGCCCUGAAGGUGGCAAUCGGCCGAAGGCCGAUGAAGCAGCGCCAGCUGUGCUGGCCAACCCAGAUGCCAUCGAUCUUGACGACGACAUGGAUGAUUAG